AUGGGUGGAGAGCACACGGAGGGAGUGGCGCUGCAUGCAGUGAACGGGGAGCAGGAAGAGCCUCCGCGCAAGCAGGACGAGGAUGUAACAGUCGACCGCAUUGUCGAUCGCAUCGGGUUCGGAAGGUAUCAGGCUCGUCUCCUCGUGCUAUGUGGAGCUGGAUGGGCUGCCGACAUCAUGGACAUUCAGGCCUUGUCCUUUCUGAUACCGAAGUUGAAGCGCGAGUGGGGGGUGAGCAGCGCUGGCCUUGGACUCGCCGCCUCCUUCACCUUCAUCGGCAUGCUGCUGGGUUCGCUCGUGUGGGGCGUCAUGAGCGAUCGGAAGGGAAGGAAAAUUUCCUUCACGCUGACUAGCCUGUGGGCGGGAUUUUUCGGCAUGCUGGCAGCGACGGCAUCGAACGUGGAGAGCCUGGUGCUGUGGAGGUUCCUCCAGGGAUUCGGUCUGGGGGGGAACCUUGCGAUCGAUUUCAGUCUCUUCAUGGAGUUUGUGCCGACAUGCUCGAGGGGGAAGGCGACGACUCUCCUGACCAUCUUUGCCACUGUUGGCAGUCUCACUGCGUCCGGGCUGGCCUGGGCCCUGCUAGAAACUGCCGGCUGGCAAACAUUUUUGAUCCUCUGCUCCUGCCCCGGGAUCAUCAUAGCAUUCUUCCGCUCCCAGAUGUUGGAAUCCCCUUACUUCCUCGCAGAGACAGGUCGAGACGAGGAGAGCCUGCGGGUGCUGAAGGAGGUAGCGAGGUUCAACGGGUACAACCAGGAGCUGCUGGGAGAAGGCGGCAGCAUCAAGAAGACUGACAAGAUUCCUUUACGUGUCGUCAUCAAGAGCCUGUCUGCUCCUCAUGUCAGGGAUCGUCUUGUCGCCACGUCCUGCCUGUGGUUCGCUCUCUCCUACGGCUUUUACGGGUUCAACGUGUGGGGGCCCAGCUAUUUCGAUGCAAGAGGGUUCAAACCCCAGAACUCUUAUCAAGCCCUCUUUACUUCUGUGGCAUGCCAGAUCCCUGGAACCCUCUCUGCCACCUUUCUCGUCGAGCGCUGGGGCCGCAGAGUCCUCAUCAUCCUCUUCUCUCUGGGGUGCUUCCUGAGCAUCUCAGGCGUCGCGCUGUUUGAGCAGGCGCAAGCUAUGGUUCUUUUCACCCUCGUCCUCAAUUUCAACACCGCUGCGCUCUGGGCUGUGAUCUACACUUACACUCCGGAGAUUUUCCCAACACAGCUCCGCACAAGCGCCAUGGGCGUCUGCUCGGCGAUCGCCAGGAUCUCCGGCAUUCUCGUCUCGUACCUUGGGGGAGCUUUCCUGCACUAUUCCGUCUCUGCCUCCCUACUCUCCUAUGCUCUCUCCUACGCUCUUGUGCUCCUUGUCGCCGCGUUCUUCCUGAGGGUCGACAUGACCGGAGUGCCGCUCUCUCACGUCUUCUCCCACGACGAGCCCUCAUACUCUGCGAGGACAAAGCUUGCCGAGUCCGAUGUGCUCGCGGACCCGCACGAGGUUUGA